AAGUCGUCUAGAUGGCAUUCGCGUCUGCUAUUUUCCUGGUUAUUUUUGCGGCUUUUUGUUUCCUGCAAGAAGGAAGGACAACUAGAGAAUGGUACAAGGAGGAUUUUCCGAAUCCUACGAGAGAUGUUAAAGGUUGUGGUCGUAGAGGAGAGGUUUCCUGGAUCUGUGAUCCGGAGAAUAUUCUCAGCUACAAGGCUGCCAACAAGAUUGAAGAGUUGAUAUAUUCAGUUGUUAAAAAUACUUAUUCAGGGUGCAGCAACGAUGAGAAACCUGGAUUUCAAAUUGGUGUUGCAGUUUUAAACCGAAUGAGAGGCAUUCCUGGUGAACCUGUGGAAGAAACAGCGAAGACGUUUGCCAAACAUUUACAUGACAGCUGGGGUGUCGGCCACGCGGGAUGUGAUGACGGAGCAAUGUUGCUGAUUUCCAUUUUAGAUCGUCAACUGUAUGUCUCCACAGGAAAAAGAGCCAUGAAAUCGUUAUCCCAUGACCAGAUUGAUAUUAUCAUUGAGGAAAUGAAGCCAUACAUGCAAAAGAGAGAUUACGAUCAAGGUGUGGAACUCGCCAUUGUCCGAAUGGGUGAAGUUUUCAGCGGUAAAGUCCUCGAGCGUUCAACAAACUAUGGUCUUAUCGUCUUCUGUGUGCUGUUGAUCAUUAUUGUUGGUGCUGGGCUGUACAUUGGGCAUAAGCAAGAACAAGAACGUAAAAGAUGUGAAAGAAAACUGAAGAGAAUUCAAGACGAAAGAGACAGAUUUCUAUGA